AUGCCUCGCAUCGAGUUCGAGCCUAAGCUCGAUUUUAAGGACGUCCUUCUCCGUCCGAAACGCUCCACCCUCAAGAGUCGGGCCGAUGUCGACCUGGAUCGGGAGUACAUCUUCCGAAACUCCAAGGCCACAUACACCGGAGUCCCAGUGGUCGCAUCAAACAUGGACACUGUUGGAACCUUUGAGAUGGCCAGUGCUCUGAACAACCACAAAAUGUUCACCACCAUUCAUAAACACUACUCAGUCGAUGAGUGGAAGGCUUUCGCCGCCUCGGUUCCUGUCGAAACUUUCAACAACCUCGCAAUUUCUUCUGGAAUCUCCGAAAAUGACUGGAACAAACUCAACGAAGUCAUCAAGGCCCUGCCACAGCUCAAAUGCAUCUGUCUUGAUGUAGCCAAUGGAUAUUCGGAAUCGUUCGUGGACUUCAUCCGUCGUGUGCGCGAAGCCUAUCCAACCCAUACCAUCAUGGCUGGAAACGUUGUAACCGGAGAAAUGGUCGAAGAGCUUAUUCUCUCAGGAGCCGAUAUUGUCAAGGUCGGAAUCGGACCAGGAUCGGUCUGCACCACUCGCAAGAAGGCUGGAGUUGGAUACCCACAGCUCAGUGCUGUGUUAGAGUGCGCCGACGCUGCUCAUGGUCUCAACGGACAUGUGAUGAGUGACGGUGGUUGCAGCAACCCAGGAGAUGUAGCCAAGGCCUUCGGUGCCGGAGCAGACUUCGUCAUGAUCGGAGGACUCUUCGCUGGACACGAUCAAAGCGGAGGAGAUCUCAUCGAGCAUAAUGGAAAGAAAUUCAAACUCUUCUAUGGAAUGAGUUCGGAUACUGCCAUGAAGAAGCACCACGGAUCCGUUGCUGAGUAUCGUGCGUCGGAGGGAAAGACUGUCACAAUCCCAUACAGAGGAGACGUCAACUGUACUGUGCAAGACAUUCUUGGAGGAAUCCGAUCGGCAUGCACAUACACGGGCUCCAAGCAGCUCAAGGAACUCGCCAAGCGUGCCACAUUCAUCCGUGUCACCCAACAAACGAAUGACAUGUAUGUUCCGUUCGAAGUGCCAACUCUACCAUCCCAAUCGAAAUAA